AUGGGUCUAUUGAAAGAGCUGAGAGAAAGAAACCCUGGUGAUUUCAAAAACUACCUACGGAUGUCAGACAGCAGUUUUAACACUCUUCUACAAGCGGUAGCACCACAGAUUUCUAAACAAGACACAUGCAUGAGGCAAGCUAUACCUGCAGAGCAGAGAUUAAUUGCAACACUACGAUAUCUUGCAACAGGAAGGUCCUUUGAAGAUUUAAAAUUCUCAGCGGGAAUUUCUGCACAGGCUUUGGGGCGUAUCAUUCCAGAAACCUGCAAUGCCAUAGUGGAAGCACUGAAUGCAGAAUAUUUAAAGUUCCCCUCAACUGAAGUGGAGUGGAAAGCAGUAGCUAAACAAUUUGAAGAUUACUGGAAUUUUCCAAACUGUCUUGGAGCAAUUGAUGGAAAGCAUGUGAGGAUCCAGCCUCCCUCCAGUUCUGGCUCCUAUUAUUUUAACUACAAGGGGUAUUUCAGCAUUGUGCUUUUGGCAAUAGUUAAUGCCAAAUAUGAAUUUUUAAUGGUUGAUGUGGGGAAAAAUGGAAGAGUGUCAGAUGGUGGAGCCAUGGAACAAACCUUAUUUUAUCAGCAGCUCAAAAAUGACCAAUUACACCUACCACCAAAUUCUGAUUCAAGAGAAGGGAUGAAUUAUGUUUUUGUUGCAGAUGAAGCUUUUGCAUUACAUAAACAUGUUUUAAAGCCUUUCCCACAAAAAAAUUGUCAACUGAAAGAAGAAUUUACAAUUAUCGGCAUUAUGGCAUACUAG